CUUGGGAGUACAGGUGAGUCUUUUUCAAUACUAAACAGAGGAAUAAUUUACAGCAGACUGGCGAUGUGUUAACAGAGGAAAACUUUAUCACCUGUUGAAUCCUAAACUACAUCUGAAGAUCUUUCUCUAUUGCUUCAGGAAAUUGCAGACCAGAGGAACAACACUAAAUCUGCUGGAAGGGAUUCAUUUAUACAUUGAGGUUAACACAUUCAGCCCUGUUCGGAUAAUCUCACUGGAUCUAAUCUGAAAUGAGUAAAUAAACUAAAUGUCAUCUAGAGAUCAUAUGACCCAGCUGAGCCACCCUGAGAGACUCCAUCAGGAUUACAAAUCAAAAACUACAGAAACCAUCUGUUUAUAAUAUAAACACAAUAAAGCCUUGCUUGUGAACGAUUACAAUAGCUCCAGUCAAGAGAUUCGGAUGAUUUUUCUGCGUUUCUCAUGUGCUAAGGAAAGCACCAACCACUGUCCUUCAUCUUGACAUUAUUGAAACGCUAUAAGUGUAAGGGUUACGCGUGCCUUCAGAGAAACGUUCGGUCUCAGUGGGAUUGUGAUAAACUCAGGGGACUUGUUCGGUGACAGGAAUUUACUAAAAUAAAGACAAAUAUCUGUAUCAGUGAUCAUAAACAGACACAAAUAAAACUCUGGAUAGUUUGGAGCCCUCGCCGGAUUUGCAAUAGUGCAUAUCCAAGUUGUGAAAUUCUCUUGGAUAUUUUCCAUGGGAACUGCUCCAAAGUGCAUUGAGAAGUCCCUCCCGGGAGGUCUUGUUAGAGUUUAAACAAUAUUGUGUGGAUUGAAAGUACAAGUGCAUUUUUCAGCUCAUCUCUGGUGUGUAAUGGGUCUGCUCCGAGGAUUGCAGCGAAGACAAACAUCUAGCAAAAUGUAAAGCAUUCACUUUAAUCCUUGCUUCUUCGUAAGUCGGAAAGGAAUAAACAAACCGAAACGACUUCAAACGUACACCUCAGCUGAGAAACUUGUGUCACACCCAGGCAAACGUGCGGUCUAAGAGGAAGAUCAGCCAAGAGGAAGAGUGACACAUAACCAGGUUCUGAAGCAGGGAUGUUGGAUUAUACACAUAAACCUGUAAGAAGAGGGGACAGCUGGGGUGGACAGACUAUCACCACAUCAUCCACCUCCGACAGAGAUGGAUCAGGAAAAUCCCUAGAGGAGAGGACCAGGAUCUUGGAGAAAGAUGAACACUGUGGGGUCAAAGGAAAGCCAGGCUUGACCACUUGCAUCAGCCAGAUGGAACGAAAAACAAACCUCAGCAGAAGCGCCAGUUUAUCAGAGAAAGAGCUGAAGGAGGCACGAACCAAGAGUCAGAUCAUCGCUGCUCAGCUCCAGGCCAAUUCCAACUCCAAAGGCGUUCAGCUUUUCAAUCGUCGUAGACAAAGAGUAAACGCUUUCACACUCGUGAGUGUUGCAGGAGGUGAAGCAGAAGAACCAAAGAAUGUAAUUGAUUCGUCUUCAGAAGAUCCACUGACAUGGGACGAACAGCACUCGGUUAAAAGCCAACACAAGGAGUUAAAUCACAGGAAUAUUUCUUGGUCAGCUAGCAGAAUCCACAGUUGUGAGGACAUGGAGGACGCUGGCGAGGUUACACGUGAGGAUGUAAUCGAGGAGGAAAGACACUUUCUCCCUGUGAAUGAGAAGGACGAGGAGCUCUCAGAAGAUGCAGCGAAGGAUGAAAGUGAAUCAAAAACUGCAGUUCAGGAUGAAUCUCAAGCAAAUGGAGGACACGCUCACUCUGUAGACACCAAUAAAGACACCUUGAACGGAUAUGGUACACAGUGCAAUGGAAAAACAGCUAAGCAACCUACUAUCAACCGUACCGCUCGACCGUUUUUCUCCCCAACAACUGUAGGCUCUUCAGAGGUAGCAAGUCCAGUAAAGGACUUUCCACCAGCACCAUCCUACAUCUCCCCACCAUUACCAGCCUUCCAAGAGCCAACUACUACACCAUAUUCCCAAUCACAACCUUCACAUUACCAUAAUCCAGCUUUCACAUCACACCCACGACCUGUCUUCUCUCCACCACCGCCUCCACCUUCAUAUCCAACUCCUCCACUCCCAACCUUCUCCAGGCCUCCACCACCUAACACAGCUGCUUCAUCCCAGCCUUCCUCCUUUUAUAUUCGCCCGUCUGCCCCCAGACCCACAUUUGUUCCUGAGCUCUUGAAGGAGAGGAGGUCUGUGACACCCAUCAAAACCGGCAUCCUCGAAGAGGGCAGGUCUCGCCGAUCCACCCGCAAGUCGAUGUUUACUUUUCAGGAGAAGCCCAAAUUGGCUCCGAACCCUGAACUCCUCUCAAUGGUGCAGGGAGCAGAUGAGAAGAAGAAACAGAAAGCCCAGCCAGAUCCAGUGCAAGAAGAGGAGCUGCUGGCUUUGGGUGCCGAAGCAUCAAACUUCCUGGCCAAGGAGGAGGCUGUUUGUGAGGAAGCGCUGGUGCCGGAGUGGACUUCGUGUUUGAAGAGCUCCAGGACGCGUGCCAGGGUGGAGCACAAGCCCGAGCAGGCCCUUACCAAUGCUUCAGGGAAAGGGGCUGAACUGUUUGCCAAACGCCAGUCCAGGAUGGAACGGUUCGCCCGUGACAGCAAGGAGCUGAGAUCUCCCUCUCCGACCAUGUCCUUACCUCCAUCGUGGGUGUAUCCGUCCAACAUGCCUGGUCGAGUCAAGGCCAUCAUAAACACUUCAAACAUAAAUGCAGAGGCGUCAAAGACGCUGCAAGCUCAGAAGGCCCAGCGCAAAAAGACCGCUCCUGUCAAAACACCAGAACCGCCUCCAGAGAUACCAAUAGAGAACGGCUGCACUAAAAUCGAGAUGGAGCUGUCUAAGCAUCAGCCGUACCAGCUCAGCUCAUCCCUCUUCAUAUUCAACCCAACUAAAGAUACCUACAGCACUCUUCCCAGAGCAGCCCCGCCUUCUAAGCCGCUCAAGACAGGCUACAACGUCUCUAGAUCACCUUCAGUUCCUUCUAGUCCAUUACCAUCACCAUACAGUCCUUCUGCUUCAUACAGGUCCACCCAUUGCUUUUCUCCUCCCAUCACGUCAUUCGGUCCCAGCAUCAGUUCUCCUGUGUCUCCUUUAGCUCCGGAGCGUGUGGUCUCUCCUCGAUCCACCGUCAAGGCGCCCAGACCCACCUUCUCCACCAAAAAAGCUGGAAUCACUGCACAGGAUAAAGAGGACACACCGAUACCGAUCACUAGUCCUGGCUCCACAACCCCCACUUCCAGGACACCCAAUCUCACUCGACGCUUCACCAGUCCAGAUGUGGCCUCUAGUGCGGUCUGGUCACCCAGCAGCCCUGUGGUGACCUCCACAUCCUCCAGCCUCAUCUACAAGCCCAUACCAGCCUCCCCUUCCCCCCGACCCAUCCAUAAGACCAUUCACAAGCCUGCCGCUUCAUCUCCGGGAAUCGUCUUUAAGCCAUCUAAUGCCACCUCACCAGUAUCUCCACCUUGGGAAUCCAGGUGCCAGUCCCCGGCCGUCACCCAGGACACCAAAGCCAACCACCGAAUUCUGGCCAAAAACAUCAUCAAUGCUGCCAAACGAAAAAACAGUCCAUCUCCAGGUGCGCUAAGUGGGCACAGCCUGCCCAUCUCACCUGUGAACGCCAGUACCGUGUCUUACGAACACAAACCCGUUAGCCCUUUUCAACCACGAAUGCUGGGAGGUCAGUCGCCCACCCUUACCAGUCCCUCUCCUACCCGUAUGAUCCACUCGCCGGUGCGCUUGUACAACACUCGCUCGCUGACUGAUUCUGACGCCUCUGUCGAGUCAGAGGAUUCGGGCCUGCGCUCGCCCGGGGUGCGCAGCUACAACACCUGCCCUCGCGGCUGGACCGGCAGUUUUCAGGUGAAGAGGGGAAGCAUGCCGGAAGAUCUGUAGGAAGCACUUAUGGACGAUUAAAGUUAGGAAAACAGGAGCCAAAGUAACUUUUAAAUAUUGAAUGUAAAACAUUUUGGAUUUCCUGUACACGGAUAAAAUCGCAUUUGUCGUGAAGUUUUUGGAUGGAUGUUUGUCUUGUGUGGGGAUUCUUUACUAUAGAAUGAAAGUGAAUAGGAAGGAACCCUGGAAUAAUACACAAGUUUUCUGAAGCAAUAUUUAUGUGAAAAACAACCUGAAGUAAUUUUUUUCCCUUUGCUGUAACUCCCAAAAUCUCAAAUCAUAAUGACUAACUUUAUUUUUUACCCCUUACUAGCAUCGAACAGCAUAUGUACAUAUUUCCAGAAAGCACUUUUGAAUAAAACAAGGCAAAAUUUGGGCUGCCAGUGAACAUCUAAAAGAAGUCUAACCAUAGUCCAAGAAUAGUAUAUUUUUAAGAGAUGUAAAAGAAAUGAAAGCAAACACCUUGAGCACCUGUUGACAUGAUGAAAUAUAGUCAUUCUCCGAGUUAUUUUGGCAAAAACGACAUGUAACCAAAUUCAAGAUUAUUUAGGGUAGAAGUGGGUUAGUCACAGCCGGACUAUAUUGGGUUUUGGCUUGCUGGGUUUCCACUAAUUUUAUAGCAUUAUUUUGUCUCCUUUUGCAUUCAGUUAAAACUAGAAGGCCAAAUAGGUUUUGGAUGACCUGAGGAUAAGUAAAUGAUGACUUUUCAAGUAAAAUCUAUGCAGCUGUCUUUAAUCUUUUGAAGAAGCCUUGCGUGAAUUCAGAAAAAUGUACCAACAAACCUUUAUGCUUAUUACCAAAGAAACAUGUAAUGUGCAAAAGUUUUAAAGCAGUAUUAGCAUUAUCCUAAUUUUUUUGAAAAUGUACUUAGACAUGAAAGGGAUUUAGCCUUUUGCUUUUUUUGUACAGAUUUGCUUUAACAGUAUUUGAGAGUAUUAAAAUAUUGUUGCACAUUGACAAAAUGUGUAGGUCCGACUCAAGUGAAACUUGAUAGGAACUGAUUGCUUAUUGCUGAUAGUGAGGGCGUUUAUAUUUUGGAAUGACACUGCAAAGUUUUUACAGUAUGAGAGAGAAUGAUGGCGUUAUCUACGUUACAUAAACUAUAAAUGGAAAAUGCUGGUGAUUUGAAAUCCAAUGCAACUUCCAUACUGGUUAUGUGCUGACCUGCAGUACAGAAAUAAAGUAGGUUGUCAUUUUUAACAAAUGUGCAUAAAAAGGACAGAGGUGAAAACAUGAAGCAAUGGAAGUUCAGCGUAAGUUUGCAAAGAGAAUAGCACGAAUGACUGAAUUCUGUUUUCAUUAAUGCAUCUUGCUUAGUUUAUUAUAUUUCAUCUACAAAUAAAGAACAUAAUUCUGGGUGAGAUUAUCUGGGGAUAAAUAUAUGCUUAACUUCACAUUAUAUCACACAAAAGGAGCUUCAGUAAGGUUUAGGGUGAGUACUUAUUUGGUACAACAAUGAAAGUAAUGAUGGUGGUUGUUUUUUACACAUUACACACGGGCGAGUAUAUUUGUGGGGCACAUGUAUGUUUUAUCAUAUACACUGUUAAACGUCUGUACACCGAGUAUGAGUUACAUUAGGUUGAUAUUCUCACAGAACACAUCACCAAACGUAUAUGAUUUUUACAUACUGAAAUCUUUGCUAAUAUCAAGCACUCAUGUAUACUAAGUGUGCUCAUGUUAGUGUGCACUCAGAUAUUGAAUUGCAGCAGAUGAUAUCAGCAGGUUUAUAAGCAUAUAGGCAUGGUUUGAUUGACAAGGACAUCAGCUGGAGUAACUUUGGCUAGAACGAUCUUCUCAGUAUCAAGGAUGGUUUACAAGAGCAGUAAAAUGGUGUAAUCCUUCCUGUGGUCUUCUGGAAGAUGUUUGACAUAACUGAACUGACAGUGACUUUAUCAUGCUUGAGUAAUAUUACCUCUCUCUCUCUCUCUCUCUCUCUCUCUCUCUCUCUUUCUCUCUCUCUCUCUCCCUCUCUCACUUUACAAUUGUUUUGUACAUUAAGUAAAUAAACACCAAUAAACAAUAUCUUCUUGGAUGAAUUC